CUGUGGAUCAUGAGAGGUCACGAUCGGAUCAACAAUUGCUUGCCGGAGGAACUCAUCAUCGAGAUAUUCCGGCGACUUGAUACGAAGUCCAGCCGCGACGCAUGCUCCCUCGUCUGCAAGCGAUGGCUGUCCCUCGAGCGUUUCAGCCGGACCACCCUUCGUAUCGGCGCGUCUUUCUCUCCCGACGUCUUCGUCACCCUCCUCUCUCGCCGCUUUCUUCAUAUUACCUCCAUUCACGUCGACGAGCGUCUCUCCGGCUCCCUUCCUCCCCUCUCUCCUCCUCGCAAAAAAAGGAGGCUUGGAAUGAGGGCUGGAAUGAGUGUAUGGCCUUCAUCGAGUAAUCGUGGGAAUUUAGCUGAUAAGACACAUUCCGAAGCCGAGUCUUGCAGCUUGACUGAUGCGGGCUUGACUGCUCUCGCGAACGGGUUUCCAAAAACAGAAAACUUGAGCCUUAUAUGGUGCCCUAAUGUUUCCAGUCUCGGUUUGCAAUCCCUUGCUCAGAAGUGCACUUCUCUUAAAUCUCUGGAUUUGCAGGGUUGCUAUGUUGGAGAUCAAGGCUUAGCAGCUGUUGGAAAGUUCUGUAAGCAACUCGAGGAAUUAAACCUGCGUUUCUGUGAAGGCUUAACCGAUGCCGGAGUUAUCGAUCUUGUUGUCGGUUGUGCAAAGUCCUUGAAGUCCAUCGGUGUUGCUGCCUCUGCGAAAAUAACAGAUUUAUCUAUGGAAGCAGUUGGUUCUCACUGUAAACUUCUGGAAAUAUUGUUUUUGGAUUCUGAGUACAUCCAUGAUAAAGGAGUUGUGGCGGUAGCUCAGGGAUGCAACCGUUUGAGAGAUCUUAAGCUUCAGUGUGUUAACGUGACGGAUGAGGCGUUUUCCGCAGUGGGAGGCUUGUGUUCUUCGUUGGAGAGAUUGGCUUUGUAUAGCUUCCAGCAAUUAACAGACAAGUUUAGUGAUCUUGUUCCUUCUAAGGGCAUGCGGGCCAUCGGUAAAGGGUGUAAGAAGCUGAAAAAUCUCACCCUAAGUGAUUGCUACUUUGUGAGUUGCAAAGGUUUAGAAGCGCUUGCUCAUGGUUGCAAGGAACUUACGCGUGUAGAGAUUAAUGGUUGCCACAACAUUGGUACUCUUGGAAUAGAGGCCAUUGGAAGAUCUUGCCCGCGUCUCACUGAGUUAGCUUUAUUGUAUUGCCAAAGGAUUGGUAAUUCUGCUCUUCAAGCAAUUGGAAAGGGAUGUAAAUCUUUAGAAACACUUCACUUAGUAGACUGCUCAGGCAUUGGAGACAAAUCUAUGUGCAGUAUUGCUAAAGGCUGCCGCAACCUCAAGAAACUCCAUAUCCGCAGAUGCUAUGAGAUUGGAAACAAAGGAGUUAUAGCUGUUGGAAAGAACUGCAAAUCACUAACCGAGCUCAGUCUCCGGUUUUGUGAUAAAGUUGGAGAUGUGGCUUUAAUCGCCAUUGGAGAAGGCUGCUCCUUACAACAACUAAACGUUAGUGGUUGUCAUCAAAUUGGAGAUGCUGGAAUCUCAGCAAUCGCUAGAGGCUCUCCUCAACUCACUCACCUCGACAUUAGUGUACUUCAGAAUAUUGGGGACAUGGCGUUGGCUGAGCUCGGAGAAGGAUGUCCAAUGCUCAAAGACUUGGUCCUGUCCCAUUGCCACCAAAUAACAGACAAUGGUCUGAACCAUCUUGUUAACAACUGCAAACAACUGGAGACUUGUCACAUGGUUUACUGUACAGGGAUCACUUCGGCUGGAGUGGCUACAGUCGUCUCGAGCUGUCCACACAUCAAAAAGGUGUUGAUAGAGAAGUGGAAAGUGAGCGAGAGGACGAUAAGGAGAGCUGGAUCAGUUAUCUCUUAUCUCUGUAUGGAUCUCUAG